AUGCUUGUACCUUGGUUGUUGGGAGGGAAGCUUUACAAUGAAUUACAUAUUUGUUUUGAGACCACAAAAUCAAAUGAAGCUGUGCUUCAGCAGAGUGUUAUUACUCUUCAGGAUCAGCUAUUUCAAAAAGAGCAAGAAAAUGCUAAAUUAAAAGAAAAACUUCAGGAAUCCCAAGGAACAACUUAUCCUUUACCUCAAGACAGUGAUUCAGACCACUCAGCAGAGGUAUCUCAACGGCCAUCCUUAUCGAGCUUAGAAACAUUAGUGGUCUCACAGAAGUCUGAAAUUGAGUAUUUACAGGAGAAACUGAAAAUAGCAAAUGAGAAACUGUCUGAGAACAUAUCUACUAACAAACAUUUUUUAGAGAAAAGCAUCAUGACAAGUGCUAAAGUAAAACAUAAGGAACCACCUGUGAAACAUUCAAGGUCUUUGUCCCCAACGAACUCUUUCACAGACUCAGAGGAGCUAAGGAAGCUGAGAGAAGCUGAAAGAAAGACUGAAAACUUAGAGAAGGCAGUACAACUAAAGAGCUAAGAAAAUGAUGAGCUAAGAGAUGCCCAUGAAAAACGCAAGGAAAGGCUACAGAUGUUACAGACCAACUACAGAGCAGUAAAAGAGCAAUUAAAACAGUGGGAAGAAGGCAGUGGCAUGAAUGAAAUUAGAAAGAUAAAGAGAGCAGAUCCCAAACAACUUCAACAAGGAGAUUCUGAUGCUGUAUGGAAUGAACUGGCAUAUUUCAAAAGGG